AUGGCCCAUUACGAGGCUUCAGCGCGCCAAGCUUACGCAUUAGGCUCCCCAAGAGCCGAUCAACUCUUGACUCUUAUCCAGUUCAAUGUAUUCCGAGCCCUUGUGGAUAACACCUCCACAAUAAGCUUCAAUAUGGAUUGGUUAGACGAGGACGCUAUCUCGCCUUGGUGUGAAGGUGCAUCUGAAAUCCAAAUCAGCCUUUGCCCGAAUAGUCUCCGUCCGACAGCUUUGCAACAAGAAAUCUCUCACCACCCAUGGAUAGACCUUUUCCCUUUCCCUCAGAUGAGGGACAACCUACUACGAAGAUAUGACGACGAGGAAUUCGACGAGAGUGCGCUUUGCAAUGAUCUUGUCGAUUUCUAUGAUGUUUCCAACGAAGAGACGGGAUUAAUUGUUUGGAGGGAGCCGUGGCAGCCGACAGGGUGGGAGGUUAGUGAGACCUUUCUGCGUAGGUGGGCUUGGGUCGUCAAGGGAUGUGAUGAUCUGGUUAAAUCUACGAACUACUGGCGCGGAAUACGCGGAGAAGACCCUUUGGUGUUUGGUACUUGA